UAUAUGAACCACAAUGUCUUUUAGUAAGUGCGGGCGGACAACGGCUUUUCUUCUAUUACUUGAAGGUUCCCUGACAUUACAAGUUCAUCACGAGCUGUCAGAAAUCCCUUUGCAAUUCAUCUUCCAAAAGUACGAAGAUGAAAACAACUACUUCUUCGCUUAUGACUACUGGAAAGACAACAACGCAACAAUAUUCCGAACAAGAAAAGCCAUACCCUUAUACCCGGAAGAGCAGAAUCCAGAGAGCUUGUGAGAAGUGCAGGCAAAAUAAGACCAGAUGUGAUGGAACUUUACCUUGCAAGAAGUGCAAGGACCACAACUAUAUGUGUGUGACAUCAAGACCGAACACGACCAAGUACAAACAAGUACCUGCAGGCUACGCCGAAGCUUUGGAAAACAGUCAACUCACCUUAGUCAACACAAUUCAUGAACUCUAUUCCAUGGUGAGAAAUGGAAAGUCGUGGGAUCUCGGCGAGCCGGAAAUCAACGAUCAAGGCCGACCCCUUGUUCACAAUAUCGCCACUCUACUUGGAUGUGUUCGACCCGGAUCUCCUUUGUCCGUUCACACUCCUUUACCCCAAGAUGAGACGGGCUUAGCCGAACUAGGAGCAGAACGGCAAGCUCGUCAAACAAAUCUACAAGUUGCUGGAGAAAUCCAGCAAGAGACAGAUGGAGCAUGGAACGUGUUGGAACGCACUGCUCCUUUGAGGAUUCCAGACUUAUAUUUCGAGCAAACGAAUCGGUUUGUAGUGGCGAAUAGAGUUACGAAUGGGUCGUUGUCUCAAGGCUCUAUUUCAUGUGUCGAUCAUAGCGGUCUCACAACCUCCACCGAACUGCAACUUCUCAACCCACCGUCGCUGUUCAAUCCAGCGGACAUGGGUGGUUCCAUGCCGUGCAACAGGGCUUGGGCGAGCCCAACAGAUGGUCUUCUUUUGCCACAAUUACCUCAAAUCAACUUUGGAAACACCUCUCAACAGCAUCAUCAUGGCGUGUCCGAGUGGCCGUAUAUAGUAAAUGGCGUCUUUCGACAAGGGGAUUCAUGAAUUGGGUUUGACUUGAUCCGCAGUACAUAUAGAUAAGCGAAUGAAUCAGCACUCCA